AUGGCGGAUAUCUCCAGCGAGAUUGAUAUUGAAAUUGACGGUGAGAUUGAAGUAGCUGCCCAUACCCUCGAAAGAUAUACGAAAAAAAAUGUUGGCAAUCUCGACAAUGUCCAAUCAUCCGGUCUCAUGGAUACGCUCCAAGGACAUGUGAGUGAUAUGCGCAUCUUGAUUCAAUGUAGCAUUUGUACUAUGCCAAUGCACGAGCCAUUCACCAUUGCCUGUGGACACACUUUCUGCUACUCGUGUCUGUCGUCAUGGUUCACUAAUAGCGGACAAACGAAGAAAACAUGUCCAGAGUGCCGGGGUCCUGUCAGAAUUGCGCCGGCUCCCUCAUACAUAGUUCGUACACUUGUUCAGAUGUUUACCAGUCGCGCAGAGCUUCUAGACAAGGGAGAGACCACCACGACGUACGCGAAACACCGCGAAGAGGCAAUCCAGGAGCUCGAAUCCGACAAGGCAAAUGCCGAUCCAUUAAGUGGCGGUUUGUUCAAAGGACUAUUCAGAGAUAGUCCAUUAAGACCUACUGUGGAUAUAGCUGAUGGCGUUGCUCGGUGCCCAAUGUGCCACUGGGAGAUCGAGAACAACAUGGACUGCGUGAGCUGUGGUUACAUAUUUGGUCAAGAUUCGGAUGCGUCUGACGGCGAAUCGCCCUUUUCAUUCGCGUCCUUUUCCGAGCCUGAAGAUGAUGAACCUGUUCGAGGUCACCCUGUCAUGACUUAUCAUGAUCAUGAGACCAGCGAAGUUGACGACAGUGGUAACGAUGAGGAUGAAAAUGAUUACGAUGAAAAUGAUUCGUUCAUUGACGACGAAGAUCAACCCAUAGCCACAGCUGCACAUAGAAGUGCACGUGAGCGUCAUCGUGCAGAACUGCAUGCCCUCAACGCCGGUGACCACAUCCCCAACAACAGUGAUGGCCCCGGAACUACCCCCGACGACUCGGAUUACGAACCUGGAGGUACAAUCGUUCGCAACUUUGGCAGUUACUAUUACCGAACUCGACAGCAAGGUGAAUGGCAUUACCGAAGUUUAGCGCCUCGCGAGAGACCUCGUCACGUCAUCCAGAUAAGUUCAGAUUACUCGGAUGACGAUUAUGACGAUGAUGUUAUCGAAACUGGGAGCCGCCGCACUAUCCCUAUAGCUCAUAUCCAAGAACGCUCUGAGGAUGAGGGUGUAUAUGCUGAAGCGUACGAUUCAGUAGACUCCGAGGAGUCGGAUUCGGAAGCGGAAGCGCAUGGCUCAGAGGAAGAUUUUAUUGAGGAUGACGAAGGGGAUGAUCACAGAACAUCCCUUCCUAUGACCUCCACACGGUCUACAGCUACUGCUAUCAUACCUUUCCCUGGAGCCAUCACAAUCAAUGUUUCCGAUUCAAUCGAUGAAUCAGAUGACGAACCUGUCGGCCCCAUGAGAAGAGCUCCACAAGGAAGACUCUAUCGGUUUUCUCCAUACUGA